AAAAGCGCGAUGAUAUUGCUGAUUUUCUUAGGUUUUGGGCCUCCAUUCCUCAUUAGCCAUUUGAAUGUUCAUGAACUGAAAUUCUUCCUGUUGCUUAAGAUGGGACAGCAGCCAUCAGUCACACUACUGAGUAGGUUCUUGCCAUUUUUUAUUUAGUAGUGGAAAUUUGUACAGACUCAUUAUAACUAGUUAGUUAGCUUAAGUUUUUGUAAAAUUGUAAAUAAAGUGCCAGGUGGAUGGAGUUAAGAGUUGACUAUAGGGAGUACAAAGUUGCUUUCACUCUCUUGUUUUUUGUAUUUUGUUCUUUGAAUUUCUACUAUAGGAAGGGCCUUUGGAAAACUCUAGAUGAGGAGUCAGAAAACACAAGUUCUUAUUCAGGUGUUCCUCCCUCUUUAUCUUAAAACUAAACAGGACUGUGCUCCCCAGCAGAAAGACUCUAGAACACUUCUCAGGCUGCACUUGUCCCACUGGGCCAUCUCUUCACUGCAGCCCUGCGUUUUCCCACUUGGAGUCUAGGUCUCUUCCUCCCGAGGGCUCCACCAGUCCAUUCCUAGUAUAGAGCAGUUUAGAAUUAUAUGGUGGACUUCAGUUGUUGCAUGUUGCCUUCUUUCGUAGAUCGAAAGCUCCACGAGGUCAGGGUUACACUAUCUUAUUCCUAUGUGUCUGUAUUUCACAUGGGCUCCCCUGCCCCGUGAUAGUAGACCUAAAAUAAAUUUUGGUUGAAUGAUUAUUGAGGCAGUGGGGAAAGAAUACUUUGAGUUUGGGGAAAUGCCUUUUAACUCACUUCAUCGUUGAUUUGUUGUUAUUAGUAAUGAAACCAAAAAAUUGGUAAAGCUCAUUUCUUCCAUUUACAUCAGAUGUGGUUUGUGGAGUAAGUCAGAGAAUGAAAAGGUGAGAUAGCUCUGGUCUUGUUUGUUCCAUCUCACUAUAGUAUGUGGAGGCCUGACUGUCUGUACCCAGCUGCUGAGAGUAAAGAAUGACAGCUGACUGCUCUGGUCUACAUUUUAGCUUGUUUGCUUUGAAGAAAUUGUAACGGUGGAGAAAUAGCUCCUGCAGGCUCUGAUUUCAGCCCCUGCUGUGCUAUGCAAAUGUUCUCUACAUGCCUGAGUGACCUUUUGAGAAAGAGCCUUUGUGAUCUUCUCUAGCCAGGGCUUGUUCUUGUUUUGGUAAUGGGGACCAGAUUCCACUAAAAAUGGGAAAAAACGCAUCUUCAUCUUCAAAGACCUCAUACAAACAUGGUGCUUUUCCUGGUGAAAGGACUGAUGAAUCCAUGUUUCUUGGCAUCUUUGCUAGUGAUUUUUGAAAUUUGCUUUGCAGUUUGCUUUGCAGGUUGAUUUUGGGAAUAGAGUGUGUGAGAGGGAACUGAUGAAGGCUGGGGAACUGUGGCAUGCCCUUGAAUUGGAGAUAAAGGCAGAUUGAAGCCGGCAUCAUUAGUACAUGGGCAUUUGCCAGUGGCCUAAGACUGGCUCUCGAUGGCGCUGGCUGAGUGGCCCUCAGCCAGGUCUGUAAGGUUCUUUUUGUACCAAAUUGUGCCUUAACAGUGUGACAUUUAAAUUGGUUUCUGUCUGUUUUGAUGAAUGUACAAAGAGAAAUACUUCAUUAUUAAGCCUGAUUGGUUUUUUACAUUAUAAGAUAAUAAUAUAUUCUGGUGUUUUUCCCUUGGAAAGUGACCAUUACUUUUGAAGCUCAUGAUUUUAAAUGCUUUCUGAUAUGCGUAGUUUAUACGACUGGCAUGCUGAUCCAAAAGAAUCUCCCCCCUCCCUUCUCUUAAAUGACUUUUUUGAUGUAAAGCAUCUUAUAGGUCUGAAUCAAUAUAAAGUUGUAGACCUAAUCAUAGUGUUCUCUGAAAAUCUAAUAAUUACAUCUUCAGAGAAGAGUGGCAGAAUUUGUCAGAUUUUUUAUUACAUGUGGUGCAUGUGACUGUGUGUGGAGGUCAGAGGACAACUUGUGGAAGUCAGUUUUGUCUUUCCACCAUGAGGGUCCUCGGGAUCAAACUCAGGUUUCCAGAGUCUUCUGGCUCCUGGGCUUCUGAAGACGCAGUGCUGGAGCAGAUGGAUAAUGGAGACUGGGGCUAUAUGAUGACUGACCCAGUCACGUUGAAUGUAGGUGGACACUUGUACACAACGUCCCUUACCACAUUGACACGUUACCCAGAUUCCAUGCUUGGAGCUAUGUUUGGGGGGGACUUCCCCACAGCCCGAGACCCUCAAGGCAAUUACUUCAUUGAUCGAGAUGGACCUCUUUUCCGCUAUGUCCUCAACUUCUUACGAACUUCAGAAUUGACCCUCCCCUUGGAUUUUAAGGAAUUUGAUCUGCUUCGAAAAGAAGCUGAUUUUUACCAGAUUGAACCCUUAAUUCAGUGUCUCAAUGACCCUAAGCCGUUGUAUCCUAUGGAUACUUUUGAAGAAGUUGUAGAGCUGUCUAGUACUCGGAAGCUUUCUAAAUAUUCCAAUCCAGUGGCUGUCAUCAUAACUCAAUUAACCAUCACCACCAAGGUCCAUUCCUUACUAGAAGGCAUCUCAAAUUAUUUCACCAAGUGGAAUAAGCACAUGAUGGACACCAGAGACUGCCAGGUUUCCUUCACCUUUGGACCAUGCGAUUAUCACCAGGAAGUCUCUCUCCGGGUCCACCUUAUGGAAUACAUUACAAAGCAAGGUUUCACGAUCCGAAAUACUCGGGUGCAUCACAUGAGCGAGAGGGCCAAUGAGAACACAGUAGAGCACAACUGGACUUUCUGUAGACUGGCCCGGAAGACAGAUGACUGAUCAUUAACCCUCAGGAGAACUUCCUAUAAGCUCAUGUUUUCUUGGGACAUGGAAGAGACUGUUAUUGUUUUUUAAAUCAUAGUGUGCCCCCCCUUUUAAUAUUUGUAUUUAUUUGAAGGCAUUGAGGACCAGAAGUUCUGUGUAUGAGCAGUCUUCUCCCUGUUUUGUUCCCAAGUAUGCAUGUGCCUGUUCAGAGUCUCCAGAAACCUUUUUUUUUUUUCUAAAAGAGAUCUGAAAAUCAUUAUGAUAUAUAAUCUACCCUUAACAGUGCUAAAAUGAUUUCUGAUAAUGUGGUCCCUAACUCAACUGGAAGGCUUAAAAUACGGUAAUGAAAGAUUAAGCAGAGUAUUCAUGAUGUCUUUGAGAAAAAUCAGAAUAUCAUGUAGGGUGACCUCAUUUCCAGACCAGUAGGCAGCAGUAUAUUAAAGGAAACCUGGCCAGUCAUCUGCUGGUACUUGUUAAGGACCGCUUCCUACAGUUUGACAACUGUUUCUUUCUAUGCAUAUAAAUCAAGCAACCAAAUAUCUGUAGCCAUUGAAAUGUCUGACUAGAAAUAUUUAUAUUGGAUUCUCGAUACAGAAUGUCUCUGUGGUAGAAACCUUAUGCCUGGUACAGUUUCAUUCCCAAGUGUACUGUCUACCAGGAAAGAAAAAUCUAAUAAAAAAUGGAGUAUGAACAUUAA